AACGAGAGCAAAAAGAAAGGGCAAAAAAGUUUUGCCGAAGUUGAAGAGAGAUCAAACAAAGAUUCGAAAUUCCGAUGAAUUCCGGAGGUGGAAUCGUUGCUGCAGCAACAACAGCAGCUCCUUCAAGCGGCGGUGGUAACGUUGAAUGGCACGUCCGACCACCGAACCCUAAAAAUCCUGUCGUCUUCUUCGACGUCUCUAUUGGUGGCAUCCCCGCCGGUCGUAUCAAGAUGGAGCUCUUCGCUGACAUUUCUCCCAAAACCGCUGAAAACUUCAGGCAGUUCUGUACUGGUGAACACAGAAAAGCUGGAAAGCCUCUUGGUUACAAAGAAUGUCAGUUUCACAGGGUCAUCAAGGAUUUUAUGGUUCAAAGUGGUGAUUUUCUUAAGAAUGAUGGUAGUGGAUGCGUGUCAAUCUACGGCCACAAGUUUGAGGAUGAAAAUUUUACUGCCAAACAUACUGGGCCAGGAUUGCUCUCUAUGGCAAACAGUGGGCCAAACACAAAUGGGUGCCAGUUCUUCAUUACUUGUGCAAAAUGCGACUGGCUUGACAACAAGCAUGUUGUCUUUGGGAGAGUGCUUGGGGAUGGUUUAUUGGUGAUGCGGAAGAUUGAGAACGUGGCUAUUGGACCCAAUAACCGGCCUAAGCUUGCAGUUGUAAUUACAGAGUGUGGGGAGAUGUGAAAUGUUUUAACCAUGUAGUUUCUCAUCCAAAAAACACUCCUUCAAGAACUUUUUCUGCUGGAGGAGGAAUGUAAUGAGAGCCCAAAGCUUAUUAGUUUUAAACUUAGGCAUUGUGACAGAAGCCAAAUCCCAUUGUUGGUUAUCGAAAACGUUGUCAACUUUUUACGGUUUACAAAUAUUACAGUUUAGGCUAUGGCUGUUAUGAUUGUAUUUUAACAAAAACCAUUUGUCAGA